AUGAAGUUCUCCACUGUCUUUGCUGCUGCCGCUCUCUUCUCCGCUGCUCAUGCCCGCCCGAGAUACAUCGCUCGUAGCAGCAGUUUCUUACUACAAAACGGCGAAGACGCCAUCGCCUUGAACAACCAAUUCAAGACCCUGACCACCAACUCGACGUGUACGACCGGAUCGAACGCGUGUGUCAACGGAGAGUUUGCACAGUGCGUCGGCGGGAAAUAUGUUCUCCAGUCAUGUGGGUCUGGCCUGACUUGCGCUGCUUUGCCUCUUGUCAACUCGGCGGGCACAAGUAUCACUUGCGCGACCGAGGCUGAUGUGCAGUCUCGCAUCGCUGCCACUGGUGCCACCAGCGCUGCCAAUUCGACUUCGUCUUCGGUCGCGUCUGCAUCUGCAUCUGCGUCCGCAUCUGCAUCGGUUUCCUCAUGCUCAGCCACCGCGACUGCGAGUGCUGCCGCUGCCGCUUCGACCUCGAUCACGUCAACGGGUACGACCUCAUCCGGAACCACGAGCGCGUCGAACAACACUGCUGCCCAAUCGUCGCUGACGCUCCUCAGCUCUCUCAUUAACACCGGCUUCGAGGACAACGGCACAAACGAGUUCAGCCCCGAGGCCGGAGAGAUCGCCUCCGCGACGUCCUCGAACAACUUCAUCAAUUUCUGUGCGACGGUCAACAAGCCGCUCACAAACGGCACACAGGCCGCCAACGGCUCCUGCAACGCCGCGCCGAUGGGAGUGAUCGCGGGGACGAAUAACAUGCCUUCCGCCAAGUGGGUGUAUCCUGCAAACAUGGACACGGUCCCCGCGAACCAGAACUUCACCGUCGUGCUCGCGGUCUCGCACCUGCAGACCGGACACUUUGUCAACCCGGCGACGAACUUCUUCGCUGCGCCCCAGACGGUGAACGACACUACGGGCGACAUCCAGGGCCACUCGCACGUUGUCAUCGAGAAACUUCAGGCGCUCAACCAGACGACGCCGACCAGCCCCGGCACGUUCGCGUUCUUCAAGGGCCUCAACGAUGUUGCGGUCAACGGGACGCUCUCGACAGUCGUGACUGGGGGCCUGCCUGCGGGCGUGUACCGCAUGGCCUCUAUCAACGCUGCGGCAAACCACCAGCCAGUUCUGGUCGCUGUUGCGCAGCAUGGCGCGUUGGACGACAUGUCGCAUGAGUUCCUGUACGACCAUUUACGACACGACGACUUGAUCUAA